CUUUCACUCUCUCUCUCUCUCUCUCUCUAUAUUAUUGUAUAGUAUAAAGUUUGCUUCUUUGCUAGUUCUUGAAAGUUGAAAGUACCCAUUGGGUGAAUUUACGUGGUGUAAAAAGGAAACUAUCAAGAACCCAAUUCAGGCUACUGUUUGCUAUAUAAUUGGGGUUAGGAUUUGGUGCUUUUUAUUGUCAUUUUUAGCUAACAUAUUUCAGAAUAUCUGAAAAGUCUUAUUGAGUCUAUUCUUUUUCUUGAUACUUGUGGGGCUUUUUUCUUUGAGUUGUCUUUGAUUCUAAGCUUCAACUGAGACAAUUGGUAUAUUUCCUUAACAAGAACCAUUUUUUUCUUUCUUUAACACCCCAUUCUCAUCUCCAUAUUGAAAUUUGCUGGAAGAUAAAUAAAGAAGAGUGAAGAGAUUAAUGUGAAGCUUGUAACUUUCUCUCUGCUGUUGUUUUUAAAUAAACAAAAGGAAUCUGCUUUCUUUUCAUUAGUGUGUGAGCUGUUAUUUCACCAAUGCUUUUCACUUGUUCAUUUCUCUACUUUAUGCUCUGAAAGUUUCAUACUUUCUUGUCCCUGGGAAUUACUUUUUUCUCUUAUUAGACUAUAGGUUUGAUCCUAGGGUUCUUGAAAACAAACAAGGGGGUAAAGAUUUUAUGCCUGCUACUUUGGAUUUUUUUUACCUUUGUGUGUGUAUCUACAUUGAGAGAUUUCUUUUGCUUUAACCUCUUCCUCUCAUUACUACUAUAUAAAGCUGCCAGGUUAUUUUGUUCCUUGUUGAGUCUUGCAAGAUAUUACCACUUCUUUUUGGUCAAACCCCACUUACCUUUUCUUUUUUAUUUUUCUUGCACAGAGUUCCUUUCUGUCAAAUAGCAAUCAAACACUUAGCUUGGGUUAAAAACAUUGCAUUGGGUGUUGCCUUUUUGAAGGUGCACACGAACUGAGUUCAGAACAACAUUUGUGGAUCCUCUUUGUAUUUUCUUGAAAAUGGGUACUAAGGAAAAUGGUGAUACUUCCUUCAAUUCCCUUUCUACAGGGAUGAUUAAUAGAGCAGAUUCAAUGACCAAUGUUGACCCUUUUAGUGGUUCUGGUUGGGAUCCACUUCUUUCAUUGAAUCACAAGGGUAAUUUUAAAGGAUCUUCAGUUGUUAGUCACAAUGAGUUUACCAAUUUGCCUUAUCAAUCAUCUCACUUUGUUAACUAUCCAUCUGAUUCAAAUCUGGCUGAAAUGGUCCCAAAGAUUCCAUCUUUUGGAAAUGAAAGUUACUCAGAGUUGGUCAAUACUUUUCCUUUACAAGAACAGCUUAGAGGGGCAAAUUGUUAUGCUAACUAUGUCAAGAAUAGAGGAAUUGCCACUGAAGGAGAAUGCCAAAUUUCUGGUGAAGGUGCUGUGGAGGUUUCACCUAAUGGGAAGAGAAAAAUAUCCAAUGCCAACAAGACUGUUGAAGGGGAGCUGCAGAAGGCUCCAUCAAGGGAUAGUUCAGACUGUUCAAAAGAACAAGAUGGAAAAAGACUCAAAACAGACCGAAAUAAUAGCUCUAAUUUAAGAAGCAAGCAAGCAGGGAAACAAGUUAUUAAGGAUGACUCUGAUGGUGGGGAAAAUCCAAAGGAUAAUUAUGUUCAUGUUAGGGCUAAAAGAGGGCAAGCCACAAACAGCCACAGCCUUGCAGAAAGGGUGAGGAGAGAAAGGAUCAGUGAGAGGAUGAGAUUGCUUCAAGAACUAGUCCCAGGCUGCAAUAAGAUAACUGGGAAAGCUGUGAUGCUUGAUGAGAUUAUCAACUACGUGCAAUCGCUGCAACAGCAAGUUGAGUUCCUGUCAAUGAAACUUGCUACUGUAAAUCCAGAGCUGAACUUCGAUAUUGAUCGUAUUUUAUCAAAAGAGAUGCUCCAUCAGCAAACUAGCAAUGCAGCUCUUCUUGGUCUUGGUCCAGGGCUGAGUUCCUCUCUUCCUUUUCCUGGAAUUUCACAUGGAAGUUUUCCUGGUAUCCCAGGAACAACGCAACCCUUCCACCCCUUGCCCCAGAAUUUAUGGGACAAUGAGCUCCAAAGCCUUCUUCAAAUGGGAUUUGAUUCUACUUCAUCUAUGAACAAUAUGGGACCAAAUGGGCGGUCAAAGUUGGAUCUGUAGAUUUUUGGGACAUGUUUAUCAUAAUCAAGAUUCAAUUACCCCAAUUGACUGCAAAAUCUGUUUGCAUACCUGGACAGAAGAUAUAGUGAAAAUUUACUUUACUUUUCUGGAGUUGUAUAGGAUAUUAGCUCCUAACUCAUUUUGUGUUCUUCGAGUUUUAGCAGAAGAGAAUAUUUUAGAUUUUAAGAAAUGACUGUACAUUGAAAACAAGUCAUCAUUUGGGGAAAGAUGGCUUGUUUCAAUUAUGUUUGUGCAAGUGUAAGAAUUUGUUUCUAAGCUUUACGAGGAUUUUUUGAGAGAAGAACACUACUAAUUUUCUUGUAAAGUCUUGUGAUAUCGGAAAUGAGAUGGAAUGGUACAUCAAUUUAUUAGUGCUUUCUCUUUUCCUGAGACAAA